GCCAAGCUCAAAAACGAGAUGCCGCUCGAGGCUUGUAUGAUCGUGCUGGACAACUCGUCCUAUGCGAUCAAUGGAGACUACACACCCGAUCGUUUCGGUGCACAAUCAGAUGCAGCGACGACCAUCUUCAACGCAAAGACGAACAGCAAUCCCGAGUCUGUGUGUGGCUUGAUGACGAUGGCAGGCAAAGCGCCGAAAGUCCUCGUCACGCCCACAGAGGACAUCGGCAAGAUCACUGUAGCUUUGCAUUCAGCCAAAGAAAGUCUGGACGGCGAGAUUGAUCUGGCUACGGGCAUAAAUGUCGCUUCACUUGCUUUGAAACACAGACAGAACAAAUCGCAACAGCAGAGAAUCGUCGCUUUCGUCGGAUCUCCAUUAGCUCAUGCUUCAUGUACAUCAUCUGCUCUCGUUCGAUUAGGCAAGAAGAUGCGCAAGAACAACAUUGCAGUCGACAUCGUAUCUUUUGGUGAAGGCGAAGAAAAUGAUGAGAAGCUCAAGGCAUUCAUCGAAGCAGUCCAUAGCGGCGACAAUCAUCCGAGCCAUCUGCUACAUGCCGAGCCGAGCGGCAGACUGCUCUCAGACGUCAUCAUCUCUUCGCCAAUACUAGAGCGGGACAGCUUUGGCGGAGGCGCGGGACCGAGCGGCACGACAGGUACCGGCGCGGGUGACGAUGAAUUCGGUAUCGAUCCCAAUCUCGAUCCAGAGCUCGCCCUGGCUCUGCGAAUGUCACUCGAGGAAGCAAGAGCGAGAGAGGCGCCUGCAUCCUCAGCAGCGCCUGCACUAGACUCGAUCAGCGAAAGCGCACCGGCCACUGCAGGUCCGACAGAAACAGACGCGCAUGCCGCCACACCCGCGUCCGCACCAGCGCCUGCCAAUGCGCAGACAGGAUCAACCCUCGCGAACGAUGACGAGGACGACGAACUUGCGCGAGCCAUUGCGCUGUCUCGGGGCGAUGAUGUCGAAAUGGGCAAUGGUGACCACGACGGAACUGCGCUGGCUGACGGAAUGGAUGAAGAUGAUGAUUCAGAGGAAGCCCAGAUCGCAAGAGCGAUAGCGCUCAGCAUGGCUCAGGACGAAGAGGAACAGCCCAAGCCAAGCUCAUAGUUGUGCCCUUUGUCAAAGUAAUGCAAGACCCUCUCGUGAGGCUGGCUGUACAAUGCGCAUCUACUCUUCCUCUUCACCGUCUUUGGCAGGCGCAGAAGGGGCAGGUAUCCUCAACA